UGAUGGAUACUUAUAGAGGCUUUGGCAGAUUGGCCAACUAUUAUCUUGGGUUUCUUCUGUUGCUUGCUUUUGUUUGCAUUUUGAUUCCGAGAGCUCAGGGAUGGAGCAAAGAGGGUCACAUUAUGACGUGCCGGAUUGCACAGGCACUUCUAGAUCCUGAAGCUGCAGAAGCAGUUGAAAAUUUACUGCCUCACAACGUCAAUGGCGAUUUAUCAGCUCUGUGUGUGUGGCCUGACCAGAUCAGGCACUGGUACAGAUACCGGUGGACUAGCCCUCUUCACUUCAUUGACACACCUGAUAAUGCUUGCAACUUCGAAUACUCGAGAGAUUGCCAUGAUCAACAUGGAAACAAGAACAUGUGUGUUGCUGGUGCAGUCCAGAAUUUCACAUCUCAGCUUUCACACUACGCAGAAGGAACAUCUGACCGUCGAUAUAAUAUGACCGAGGCCUUGCUUUUCUUGUCACACUUUAUGGGUGAUCUCCAUCAGCCAAUGCAUGUCGGAUUCACGACAGAUGAAGGAGGAAACACAAUAGACUUGCGUUGGUACAGGCAUAAAUCCAAUCUCCACCAUGUAUGGGAUCGGGAGAUUAUACUUCAAGCUCUGCAUGAUUAUUAUGACAAGGACAUGGAACUCCUCCUGCAAGACAUACAGAGAAAUGUCACAGAUGGAGUCUGGUCUGAUGAUAUUACAUCAUGGGGACAUUGUGAUGAUAUCAGUUCAUGUAUAAACAAGUAUGCUACAGAAAGUAUAAACAUAGCUUGCAAAUGGGGCUACAAGGGCGUCGAGUCCGGUGAUACUCUUACAGAGGAUUACUUCCUCCCUCGGCUACCUAUUGUGGAGAAGAGGAUUGCUCAAGGUGGAGUCCGGUUGGCUGCUAUUCUUAAUCGUGCCUUCUCCUCCAAAUCUCAAGCAACACCUGCUGAUCAUCACAAAAACAAAAGAGCUUCACAUUCACCUACUUAAAACUAAAAAUGACUAUGUAUGAGCUGCUUGCUGAGUUGCUGAUCGAUCAAGCUAGUUGCUUACAUAAUUUAAGCAUGAUGGAAUAUAUAUGGUUAUUAGAGAAUGUUCAUAUAUAGCUGCUUCAUGACUAUUGUAUUGUCCUAAUUCUUCCU